AUGUUAGGUUUAUCCCAAUCUUCUUAUAUUGACAAGAUAUUGGUCAGGUUCAGCAUGGAUCAGUGUAAAGGGGCAUUAAUUCCUUUUAGACAUGGAUUGGGCUUAUCUUCCAGGGACUGUCCCAAGACAGAGGAAGAAAAGGCGCGCAUGAGUAGGAUUCCUUAUGCUUCAGCUGUAGGAAGUCUCAUGUAUGCCAUGCUGUGUACCUGGCCAGAUAUUUGCUUUGCUGUAGGCAUGAUAAGCAGAUUUCAGUCAAAUCCAGGGGAAGCACAGUGGCAAGCUGUAAAGCAUAUACUCAAAUACCUUAAGGCUACUAAGGAUUAUAUGCUAGUCUACAGAGCUGAUGACUUAGUUCCAGUAGGCUACACAGACUCAGAUUUCCAGGCUGAUAAGGAUGAAAGAAAAUCCACUAAUGGAUAUGUUUUCACCUUGUCUAGAGGAGCUAUUUCAUGGCGGAGUAUCAAGCAAUCUUGUAUUGCUGAUUCCACCAUGGAAGCUGAGUAUGUAGCAGCAUCAGAGGCGUCCAAGGAAGCAGUUUGGCUCUGA